AUGUAUCUUUGCAAUCUCAUCUACUACACUUCUGAGGACCAAGUUGCUAAUGCUCCGACUCGGGAGGAAUUCGUCCUGCAGGUCUCCUUAAGUCAUGAGCCGGGAGAUGAAGCGGAGGCAGACGACAUUCAAGAAAUGAUUCUUGUGAAGGAAACUCGGGCACUCCAGUUUGCAAAUUCGCUGCAGCAGUUCUGGAUGCAGAAAUACGCUGUCAACUACGAGAUGCUUACUGCUAGCAGAUAG